GCUGACGUUGGAACUUGAGCGUGUGGGCUAGUACUUCCGGUCAAAACUUCCGGUGAUCUAACAGCGACAGCGGAAGACACUGUCUUAUACAGUCUAUGGGUGACUCUCAGUCCUCCUCUGUUUCUGUGCCUGGGUUUUAAACCGUGUUCACGGAAGAUGUCAGAGAAUCUGCGGCCGGAGCUGGAGAAAUAUCUGGAUGCUUUAAACAUCCAGACGAGCUGCGUGGAGCAUCCGCCGGUGUUCACCGUGGAGGAGAUGAUGCCUCACCUGCAGGAAGUGAAAGGAGCUGUCACUAAAAAUCUUUUCUUGAAGGAUAAGAAGAAGAAAGGCCUGUGGCUGGUGUCGGCUCGCCACGACCGCCAGGUGAACCUCGGUGACCUCGCCAAGAAGCUCGGCGUUGGCAGCGGCAACCUGCGCUUCGCAGACGAGGCGGCCAUGUUGGAGAAACUGAAGGUGGGUCAGGGCUGUGCGACGGCUCUCGCUCUGCUCUUCGAUAAGGACCAGAGUGUGAAGUUCGUCCUGGACCGGGACCUGGUGGAAGGAGGCCAUGAGAUGGUCUACUUCCACCCCAUGACCAAUGCUGCCACCAUGGGGCUCUGCCCAGACGACCUGCUGCGCUUCCUCAAGGAGACGGGACACGAACCCGUCCUGGAGAGCUUCGAGUAGGACAGGACGGGAACCUGGACCUCGCCCGGAGUUGGGACCUGGACAGGAUCAGGUGUAUUAUAGUCCUGUUGGAACAGGACAUGAAGACGAGCUGCAGAAGCUCGAGCAGACAGAAAAUAAUUUCUAAGUGAGAAAGGAAACCUGGUCUCCUGAGCUGGAGAAUGACUGUCUGCUGAGAUCACUGCUGUGUGUUUUUAUAAAACUGGCAAUGAGGUGAAAGGUUGAAGUUUUAGACAGAAAGCAGCCUCAGAAUCUUUUCUCUAAUAUUUCAUCAGUUUGAUUCUCUCUGUUACUUUGUGAAGAUCAUGUCUGUUUGACACCUUUUAUUUCAGUAAAUAACAGCUGAACAUA